AUGGACGUUGCAUACAAUCAACACGCCGACCGAUCUCGUCGCAAGAAUCGCUCCUCGUCCAACCUCAACCAUCUCUCCCUCGCGCCCUUGACCGCCAAACUCCCCCUCAACGACGACGAACUCAUUGCCGACGCUAUCGCAUCCCACCCUCACUCGCCUAUCCAUCCAAUUCCCUCCUAUAUCCAGGGAAAGUCUGCUCCUUCAACACCCCGUCUUCUCGCUCGAUCCCCAACGGCAUCGCGCUCGAGAUCCCAUACCCGAACCCCCUCAACACCUCUCGCCAAAAGCAAAUCCGCGUCUCAUCUCGCGGCUGGCGCAUCACGCAAGACUCAUUCUGGUCGCGCAACGCCCAGACGCCACAAAGAUGAUAUGAGCUUUAGCAUGCGUAAUCGCAAUGAUAGCGAUUGGCUGCUCAGGACAGGCGCGCUCAUGAGCUCCGAAGCUCGCGAGUCUAAGGGCCAGACUUGGCUUAUCUCGCGUCAGAGUUCUACCAGCCUAGGAGGAAUGGAUCCCGAUGAGGAUGCUUUCGAGAGUGAACUUGCUCGCGAGCGUGAGCUUACGAGCCGCCAUGCUAGUCGCCGCGGCAGCACUGCUGAGGACGCAUCCCCAUAUGCCAGUCGCUUCCCUAGCCGCACUCACAGUCGCUCUCACAGCUUGACGCGACCCAGGAGUCUCCUCCACUCACCUCUGGAAUUCUCAAUGACUGCUGAUGGGUCCUACUUUCCCAAUCAGGAAGUCAACAAUGAUCUACCUGGUCCGGACUUUGUCAACCUCGACGAGAAGCUCGAGGAGCUUGAGCAAGACUUGUCCCAAGAUGACGAAGCCACUGUGCGACGCCUCGUGCGCAAGGGCCAAGCUAACACAGGGACUUGGUUCGGCAACGUCUGGUCCCUCUUCUCCGUAGAGGAAGACGAUGAGGAUUCGGAAGAUGAUAGUGACGAGACUCCUCAGGAAGGAGAUUCUCAACUCGGCCGCUCCCGUAGUUGGUCCUCCCGCCAUCUGGCAGGCAUAUCGACAGCCCCAGAAGAGCGUAUUCCACCCCCAGGAACCGACGAAGGCGGCUGGAGAGAUGCAGCCUGGUUAUUGAGCGUGGCGUCCAAGGUGAUGUUUUAG